CAUUUGAUGUGUGGCUGAAUAUGGAGAUGGAAAGAGAGAUAGAGUGAUAGAGAGAGAGAGAAAGAGAGAGAGCGAGAGCGAGAGAGAGAGAGAGAGUGUUCAGAGAUGAGGGAAUAGUACAGCAUUACUGAGAGACAUAGUAGUCCUUUUACUACUGUCUCUGUGGAUAUCAGCUGGACUUGGUGAGUUAUGAAGCUUAGACCAUUCCUAACCAUGGUCGCUAAACUGCCUAUUUUCAGUUAUUGUAAUUGUUAUAUAGUAGCUCUUUCAUUCAUUUCAAAUGUCUUUGUCAUCUCACAUGAUGAUUGACUGAUAUGUGUAUCUUAUUAUGAAACAAAAUAAUUGGUUCGCUAUAACUUUUGAUAUAUUCUGGGCAAUCUUGGAAUCAUUUGUAUCUUAAUUCUGUUCCACCUCAAGGCAAAUUAAAGCAGAAGAAAUGUGUCAACACAAGUAAAACACCAUGGAGAAUACUAAUGACACUUUUCAAGAUGUCAUCAAUUUCACACAGAAUGAAGUUCUGAUUAAUAUGCCACAGAACUCUAUGGAAGUACAAGUUAUAACAAUUGUUCUCGCACUUAUAAUAUGCGGAGUUGGGAUAGCGGGUAAUAUAAUGGUGGUGUUGGUUGUGCUGCGUACCAAGCACAUGAUGACCCCUACUAACUGUUAUCUUGUCAGUCUGGCUAUUGCGGACCUCAUUGUCCUUUUAGCGGCAGGUUUACCAAAUAUUUCUGAAGUAGUCGACUCUUGGAUAUACGGCUAUGCUGGGUGCCUUUGCAUCACAUACCUGCAAUACCUGGGUAUCAAUGUAUCAUCCUGCUCCAUCACAGCCUUCACCAUUGAGCGCUACAUUGCUAUCUGCCACUCCAUCAAGGCACAAUUUAUUUGCACUGUGUCUCGGGCGAAGAGGAUAAUUUCUUUUGUGUGGAUUUUCACCUCGCUUUACUGCACGAUGUGGUUAUUUUUAGUGGACACGAACGAAACUGUCUACGCCAAUGGGGUGUUGGUCAGCUGUGGCUACCGUGUCUCAAGAAACCUCUACAUGCCAAUUUACUUUCUAGACUUAUCUUUGUUUUAUGUCCUCCCUCUGAUUGUGGCUGUUGCGCUGUACGGUCUCAUCGCAAGGAUUUUAUUCAUGAGCCCCUUGCCAACCAAUCUCAACGGCAAUAGUGAAGGUUCUAUACACCAGGGACGCUCCAGCAGCACAGUCGAGGUGUUGGGCAAAUCAAACAAGGGUGCAGUGACGUCAAGAAAACAGGUUACUAAGAUGCUUGCAGUGGUGGUGAUUAUUUUCGCCCUGCUCUGGAUGCCAUACCGGACGCUGGUGGUGGUAAACUCUUUCAUGGACCCACCCUACCUAAACACAUGGUUCCUGCUCUUCUGCCGCUUAUGCAUCUACACCAACAGUGCCAUCAACCCUAUCAUCUACAACCUGAUGUCUCAGAAGUUCCGGGCCUCCUUCAAAAAGCUUUGCAAGGGCAACGGACUAGACCCAGAGAAGGUUACCAAGUACAAUGUGCCAGUGUAUUACAGUGUCAUGAAGGACUCUUCCCAUGAGAGCCCUGAGCAGACAGAGCAGGAGGAUGUCAGCAGCUAUGGGAACACUGGUGGUAAGAGGGUCAACCUCACAGAUAAGUGUGGGAACACCGGUACUAUGUUCAGCGUUGCCUGAUAGACGGACAAAAUAGAAAUAAGUUAUUUGUGUAAAGUGAGGUUUUAUAAAGUGAAUGUGACGUAAUUAUUUUUUGCCAUGUGUCAGAAGUCAGUAGGCUACUAGCGUUUUUGUUUUUUUACAUAUACUUUUUUGUAGUUUACUUGUAUUUACUGUUCGAAUAUAUUGUGCAAUCUUAUAGCACAGUCCAAACCUCAGAAUUUCUAAUUAAAAACCCAUUACCUGCUUGUUAAAAGACAUUAAGUCACCCAAACAAUCUAAAAGAUUGGCUGUAGAACUCCUUGAGGGUUCCUUGGAGACUAUCCUGGGUUUAAUCUUUGCGUUUAUCAGAAACACUUUAAUACUACAUUGUUUCAACUAAUUCUUACUCAGUAACAGCUUCCGCAAACAUUUUUUGGGGGUUUACUCAACUUUUCGGUCCAAGUGUUUGUCACGACUUCCGCCGAAGUCGGCCCUUCUCCUUGUUCGGGUGGUGUUCGGCAGUCGACGUCGCCGGCUUUCUAGUCACCACCGAUCCAUUUUUCUGUUUCGUUUUGUUUUGUCUGCAUAAUUACACACCUGGUUUCAAUUCCCCUAUUAUGUUCCCUAUUUAACCCUCUGGCUUUCAUUUCUGUUUUGUCCGUGAUUGUUGGUUACGUUAGUGGUUGUUGUUAUUUCUUAUUAUUCCCUUUGUGGAAUUUUGCUGUGAUUUUUGAGUAAACGUUUUGUGUUUCGCUCAACACCUGUGUCCUGCAUUUGACUCUGCUACUUCGCCGCACACAACCCUGACAGUGUUACCUGAACUACUAUUUAAAAAUGUGUUGGCCCAACUUAGCUCCAACUUGAGAAAACGUAGGCAAAAAUUCUGUCAACUAUAAAUUAUUGUUAGGUCAUCUUACCUAAAAAAAACACUGUGGAACUAGUUGUGACAAACAAACAGAGCUUUUAACGUGCAAUGUUUUCAACUUACAUAUUUUACAUUUUGAUAUACAUGAUUACAUUGUGCAUGUUCAUUUAUGCUGUAAUUUAUAUUCAACAUGGGAUUUGAACUCAUAACAUCUUUCUUCACAGCAUUCUUAUCUUCCUGCUAUGUAGUCACAACCAUGUCUGUGUCAAUGACUGAUUUCACCUCUAUUGCUACACUUUGCAAUUCAAAGUAAAUCUCAAUUCUGUGUACUUUUAAGUACACUCAAGGAAAACUAUUGUAUUUAUCAUAGUGAUUAUGGAGUAACAUUAAAACCUCACCAGCAUAAGACAACUAUACAGAAAAAACUAAAAUUGCUGAAAUAAGUAAAUCAAACCAAUGAUGAGAGAAUAGUCAGAUAAACUGAUCAUUUGCACAGACUUGGUAGUUAGUAUAAGAGGAUGAUCGGAAUGCCAUGAACCAAGAGUUUGCUUGUGUUUUCAAAUCCCAGGUGAGGUCAUGUUGAAUAAGAAUUACUGCAUCAAUGAACAUGCACAAUGACAUCAUGUAUGUCGAGGUGUAUCAAAUAUGUAAGUUGAAAACAUUGUGUGUGUGUGUGUGUGUGUGUGUGUGUGUGUGUGUGUGUGUGUGUGUGUGUGUGUGUGUGUGUAUAUAUAUAAAACUAGUUCCAUAGUCAUUUUUAGGUAAGGCAAUACGGUGCGGUGCGGCGUCUCCUCUAAAUAAAUAGUGGGGGCACACCUUACUGGUAAAAUAUGUGCCUAUCACAAUAAUUAAAACAAAAUGUCAAGAAAACUGUAAGCUAUUACACCAUUAUUUUUCAUUACCACAUGUCAGAGAAAUUAAAAAUGAGCGAAUGGACUUGAAAACUGGUGGUAUAGCAGCCUGCACUCCAAAAUGUGAUGUGAAUAAUGAGCGAAUGGACUUGAUAACUGCUGGUAUAGAAGAAGCCUGCACUCCAAAUUGCGUUGAGUAGAGUGGCCGUAACUGAGACCCGCGCAGACAGCAGUGGACACAUCAAUUCUGGCCUAAUGACAAUCGCCAAAUGUCAUUACACUUUUUGGUGUUUGGUCUCUUUCCAUUCACCACUGUUUGGAGGCUGGAAAUAUGUUGCGAGUGGAUGAACGUGCACUGGUAGCCUAGUAAAGGAGCCCUUUGCAGUGACUGUUUGAGAAUCAGAGGAAAACACUAUGACUGGUUGUGUUAAUGCCACAAUUAAAGGUAAUACAUUUUAAAGUUAAAUGAUACAUCUUUAUUUCUAGGCCCACACAGAGCCUAUUGAAUUAAUAGGGAUUCUACAGUGUCAUCAGAAAGUACGAAUACCCCCUGAUUUAUUCCACAUGUUGUUGUGUUAUAUACAGCCUGAAUUCAAAAUGUAUUAAAUUGUUGAUUUUUUUUUCUCUCACCCAUAUACACAAAUACCCCAUAAUUACAAAGUGAAAACAUGUUUUUAGUGAUUGUUGCACAUUUCUUGAAAAUGAAAUACAGAAAUAUCUAAUUUCAUUAAGCAUUCACACACCUGAGUCAAUACAUGUGAGAAUCACCUUAUGCAGUGAUUACAGCUGUGAGUCUUUCUGGGUAAGUCUCUAAGAGCUUUGCACACCUGGAUUGGACAAUAUUUGCAUAUUAUUCUUAACAUAAUUCUUCAAGCUCUGUCAAGGUGGUUGUUGAUCAUUGCUAGACAGCCAUUUACAAGUCUUGCAAUAUAUUUUCAAUCCGAUUUAAGUCAAAACUGUAACUAGGCUACUCAGGAACAUUCAAUCUCAUCUUGGUAAGCAACUCCAUUUUAUAUUUGGCCUUGGGUUUUAGGUUAUUGUCCUGCUGACAGGUGAGUUUAUCUACCAGUGUCUGUUGGAAAGCAGACUGAACCAGGUUUCCCUCUAGGAUUUUACCUGUGCUUACUGCAGCUCUAUUCCAUUUAUGUUUUAUCCUAAUAAACUCCCUAGUCCUUGUCGAGGACAAGCAUGCCCAUAACAUGAUGCAGCCACCCCGAUGCUUGAAAAUAUGAUGAGUGGUACUCAGUGAUGUGCUGUGUUGGAUUUUCCCCAAACAUAAUGCUUUGUAUUCAGGACAAAAAGUAAAUUUCUUUGCCACAUUUUUUGCAGUAUUACUUUUGUGCCUUAUUGCAAACAGGAUGCAUGUUUGGGAAUAUUUGUUUCUGUACAGUCUUCCUUCUUUUCACUCUGCCAUUUAGGUUAGUAUGGUGGAGUAACUACAAUUUUGUUGAUCCAUCCUCAGUUUUCUCCUAUCACAGCCAUUAAACUCUGUAACUGUUUUAAAGUCACCAUUGGCCUCAUGGUGAAAUCCCUGAGCGUUUUCCUUCAUCCCUGGCAACUGAGUUAGGAAGGACGCCUGUAUCUUUGUAGUGACUGUGUGUUUUGAUACACCAUCCAAAGUGUAAUUAAUAACUUCACCAUGCUCAUUACCCAUCUACCAAUAGGGGCCCAUCUUUGCGAGGCAUUGGAAAACCUCCCUAAUCUUUGUGAUUGAAUCUGUGCUUGAAAUUCACUGCUUGACUGAGGGACCUUACAGAUAGUUGUAUGUGUGGGGUACAGAGAUGAGGGAGUCAUAAAACACAUCAUGUUAAACACUAUUAUUUUACACAGAGUUAGUCCAUGCAAUUUAUUAUGUGACAUGUUAAGCAAAUGUUUUACUCCUGAACUUAUUUAGGCUUGCCAUAACAAAGGGGUUGAAUACUUAUUGACUCAAGACAUUUCAGCUUUUCAUUUUUCAUUAAUUUGUUAACAUUUCUAAAAACAUAUUUCCACUUUGACAUUAUUGGGUAUUGUGUCUAGGCCAGUGAAUAUUUCUGAAGGCACUGUAUAUGUAAUUCUAUGAUUGGGCCCAUCCAUUUAUUUGAUGCGCGCACACAUAGGAGGUCCCGUACCAGGAAGAAAUUAAAUCUACUUACACCCCUGCAUAUGAGACAAGUUGAGCAAACAAAUCAGUAGUAAGAUGACAUAAUUUUGCCUACGUUUUCUCAAGUUGAAGCUAAGUUUGGGCCAACUACUUUUUUGUUGUUCAGGUAACACUUGGAAUAGUUGAGUAAGUUGAGUAACCCCCCAAAAAUGGAACCAGCUACUUAAUAACAAUUGGUUGAAGCAACUAGAUUUUUUUUUCAGUGUAAGAACAGCAGGUAGAUGGCAGGUGGAUGGACUAAUAAUUGCUCAAUUAAGAACUAGGGAGAAACACUAGAGACUGCGGUCUCUGUGUUAUAGACUGCUAUUAUAGAGUAAUUUCUGAAAAGAAUAGACUUGAAUGUCAGAUGACUUAUAUUGUCACAAAACAAUGUAGAUUGUGGGUCCGUUUGAUAUCGGCUUGUUGGCCACUUGACACCACUGAAACUAUUGUGCUCAUCACACUGUACAGUAUCUGUUUUGGUCUGAAUAUGUUGAAGGAUGUAAAUCUAUGUGUACAAUGUGAAAGUGUUUAUGAUGCAAUGUAUUGUAAAUAUACUCCAUAUAACUUUUUAGCAUUUUCAAAUACAGCAUUUUCUCAUACUGUGUGUAACAAUGUAUAGAAAUGUCAUAACAAUCAUAGCUCUUUGGGGACUUGAUUUUUGUGAUUAAUUAUAGUAAUUAACUGAAUUAAAGGUGACCAACCGA